AUGAACUCGGGCCAGCCAACGUCCACCCGGCCGCUGACAUACGUCAUCAUCCCCCUCCUCGCCCUCUUCGUCAUCUGCUCGACAGGCCUCUUCUUCCACGUCCGCCGGCGCCGGCGCCGCCUCAUCGCCGCCGACAGCUCCAUCUGGGGCCGCGGCCGGUGGGUGACGCGGGACGGCACCCUCGUCUUCGUCCCGCGGCACAGCAGGCGGAGUCCCUGGGGCGGGCUUCACUCCCAGGAGGGCCUCAACGAGCUGGGGGAGGCGCCGCCGCCGUACAAGUUCAAGGUGUUGCCCGGGGAGGGGGGCGGAGCUGCUGAGGAGGGGGCGCCGCCGACGACGACGACGGCGGCGACGACGGAGUUGAGAGAUAUGGAGGAGGGGAGGAGGCCGCCUGAGUAUGGUGCUGAGCAUGUUGCUGAGCCGCCGCCGGCUGUGGUGGCGGAUGAGAGGAGGACGGGGGCUUGAUGGGCUUGGUGGGAAGGGGAGGGGGGGAUUUGUCUCAUCUGUGGGAAAUCACGGUCAAUUUGGGGUGAUGGUGUUGUUUACUCUUGUGCGAGGGCGAAGCAUCCAUCUUUUU